AAACAGUCGUUCAUAAUCACAAGUUUAGCAAAUCUGUCAGUCAAAUGAAAUCGCCUUCGCUAAAUGAAAGACCGCGUAAAAUUCUAUAAUAUUUGUUAUUUUAAUACAAAGUAACAUUUCAAACCCAAUAGAUGAUUCCUAAAGUGGAUUCUGAGUAUAAUAAUUAUGUAAUGUGUGUAUGAGUACCGCGUUCUCUACAAUAAUGUGCAAGUUACAACUAUGAGCAACAUUCCUUCGACUAGUAAAUCUAAACAACACGAUGGAUUCGAAGAUGAUGAUCUGUUCGACGACUCUUCACUGCUGGCACAUUUUGAUAGUACCUCGAUACAGAGAUCCAAGUUUUCUGAGAGUGUCAUAAAUGAUUCUGGGAAUAGAAGUGCUUUGAAUGUUAGUGCAUUAUGUUGCGAUGAAGAAAUCAGUGGCUAUGACAAGCUGACGGGAAAGACAUGGAUCUACCCAACCAACUACCCCGUCAGGGAUUACCAGUUUAACAUCAUUAAAGCAGCCAUACUGAAGAACACCUUGGUGAGCUUACCAACUGGAUUGGGCAAAACAUUUAUAGCGGCAGUGAUAAUGUACAACUUCUACCGCUGGUACCCUCUCGGCAAGAUUGUGUUCACAGCUCCUACGAGGCCACUUGUUGCUCAGCAGAUUGAGGCAUGCUACAACAUUAUAGCCAUACCACCCAGUGACACUAUUGAAAUGACAGGUCACAUGCAAGUCAACACAAGAAAACAACAUUGGCAGAGCAAAAGAGUGUUCUUUGCCACUCCACAAGUGAUUUACAAUGACAUGAAAUCAGGAAUUUGUCCAUGUGACAAAGUUCGGUGCUUAGUCAUAGAUGAGGCACAUAGAGCGAGAGGGAACUAUGCUUACUGCCAGAUUAUAUCCACCUUGGAUGAUAUGAAUCAUAAAAUUUAUAGAGUUCUGGCACUGUCAGCCACUCCUGGCAGCAGAGUGGAAGAUGUUAUUAAUGUGGUAAAAAACCUCCACAUAGCUCACUUGGAGCUGCGUACAGAGAACUGUAUCGACGUGUCUCCGUACAGCCACGCGCGGAAGAUCAACACUACGAUCAUACAGCUCGGGCCGCAGCUCACGCAGAUCCGACAACAGUAUAUUGAGAUAUUGGAUGGAUAUGCUAGAAGACUGAAACAAAUGAAUAUCCUUCCCCCUAAUUUGGGGAACUUGUCCAAAGGACGUAUUGUGAUGCUUUACAAGGAGUAUCAAAAUAAAGACCGGGCUUCUAGGCAUCCCCAACACAACUACAUAAUGAAAGACUUCACAGGCCUGAUAUCUCUCUACCACGGCCUAGAACUGCUAGUCCAGCACGGCUCCAGGGUGUUCCUGAACUUCUUCGAUGAGCACCCAGAGAAGUCCUGGAUACAGAUGGAUGAUAGGCUCACAGCGUUGCUGGAGAGGCUCCGAGAUGAUCUCGGAGUCAAUCCCCUGGCGUUAGAUAGGAGUAUAUUGCCGGAUGGGACUAUACCUGAGAUGCCAAAAGACUUAUGCUUCGGCCACCCCAAGUUUGAUAAGCUUAAGGAAAUAAUAACGUAUCAUUUCACUAAAGCGCAACAUAAUAAACAGGAUACAAGAGCCAUAGUAUUCUGCGAGUACCGUGAAAGCGUGAACCUGGUACAUUGUUUGUUGCUGCAGUGUAGACCUCUUGUCAAACCACAGAUGUUUGUGGGCCAAGGCGCCUCGGGCAAGGACGGCAAAACAGUAGUAUCCCAAAAGCAACAGUUGCGAGUGAUGCGCAGUUUCCGCGAGGGUCAGUGCAACGUGCUGGUGGCCACCUGCGUCGCUGAGGAGGGGCUGGACGUCGGCUCCGUGGACCUCAUCGUCUGCUUCGAUAUAUCCACCAAGUCGCCUGUCCGACUCGUGCAGAGAUGUGGCCGAACAGGUCGUGAGCGAGGGGGACAAGUCUUCAUUCUAGUCACAGAAGGCAGAGAGCAUCAGACACUACAAGACUGCAUGCGCCAAAGAGACGGACUCAACAAAAAGGUUCUCCAAUCAAAGGAGGUUGAAAACAACCUCUACAAGUUGAACCCUCGCAUGAUACCGCACGACUUCGUGCCGCAGUGUCAGAAGAUGUUCAUCACGGUGGAGAAGAAACCUGAUCCUAAGGAGAAGAGUAAGGAAGGGAUUGAGAAGGCUAAAAAGGGUCAAAAAGAUUUAAGAACUAUGCUGCUAAGUAGACCUUCCACAAGCGGUUUGAACUCAUCCAACAAAGAAACUGAAAGCAGUAGUAUAAUCACUGACGCAGAGUUCAACGAAUUGUUCCCACAAGGAUAUACUAGCACUACAUUGUUGGCACAGCCUAAAGAAUAUUGGACUAUGAACAAGGAAACAAUUAAGAAUCUCCCAACAUCUGAUAGCAAUGAACUGAAGCUAACUAAAUGGCUUGAAUGGCAGCGAACGCUACAGAAGACUAUUAAUAUACACCAUUCUAAAGAUACUGAAAUAUUAUCUGAACUGUUACAAUACAGUGAUGCAAAAAGAUUCGAAUUGCCACCAUCUACACAGAAUCCUUGUUUUUCAAGUCAAGAAUUACAAACACAACCUCACAUGCUCACGCCCCUCACUCCAGUCAAAUUAACAUCUCCAGCGAAAUCUAAACAGCCGCCUAAAAAGAAACAAAAAGUCCCGAUUCCUAAACCACUAGAUAAGAGAGAUGGAGACAUUCGAGCUCUCUUCAGUACUGCUACUAAAUCCACCAAAAGUUAUACCAAAGUUAUUAACGACUUAGGUCUUCAAAAUGACGGUAGUCUACCCACGCGAUUGAUCAGCUUACUUGUUGACUUAAGUGUUGACAAUACAAACGCAAACAAAAAAUGUUAUGUCUGCCAAAAUAUCUGCGAAUGCUCUCUUUUGAAAGGUAUAAAACAAGAAAAUAAAGUUCCAAUGGUGCUACUAGAGUCUGUAAGAAACCCAAAAUUACCUAACAUUAAUCUAAUCGACGAUUUCGACGCGGAAACUAUAUUGAAAUGUAUUAAGAAGCCAGAAGAAAAUGAACAGAAUGUUAUAAACAAUUUUGAUUUAGACGCAGAUUUCCUUUCACCCGAAUAUGACAUUCCUUCACCUUAUAUUGAAGAACAACCUAAAAAUGAGAAUGUGUCUAUGGCUUCGGAUAACUUUGAUAUUGGUGACAUAGCUGAUAUAUUUGCUGAUAGUAGUCCUGAGGAAGCUUUGAAAGAAGAAAGUCCAGUCAAAGAGGAGAGCCCAGUUAAAGAAGAAAGUCCUUUAAAAGAAGAGCCGAAGGAAGCGAAAGCAGCAUUAGGAUACUUUGGUUUGGACAGUAUAGAUGACAUAUUUGCCGACGAUGAAAUUGAUAAUACACCCCCAGAACCGACGCAAAGGAAUCAGCACAAACCCAAAGAAGACGUCACCACGCAAAACGUAAAAAUAAGUAGAUCUCCAACGAUAGAAAAUCCCCGCAGUCCUUCAAUAUUAUCUGGAAGAAUAAAACCUAUAGAAGUUCCUACUUCUCCGAUACUAUGCAGUCAACCACGCAAGUACCAACUCAGCACCAAAAAAGAUAAGCCACAUAGUUCCACACCCAUCAUAAGUUGUAGGAAACAACUGAUAAAAGAACCAACGAACAAUAAUAGCUUAAUGUCCACCCCUGCUGAAAUUCCGGGAACUUCGACUAGAGAUAGUCUAAAUAAUACCACUAAUAAAAGUUUAAUGACGAUAACACAACUUGUAGAUAUGAUUAACAAAACGGAAAAUAACGCAUCAGCAUUUAAAUCUACUGUUUCUGAUAGACAACCACCAGACGACGAAAGAAGUACAUCACCAAUUUUAUUAACACAAGCUGAGAGAAAUAAAACUGUCAAUAAAAAUGCUUGGGACAAAUCAGUAGCUUCAACAUCUCAGAACUUUACAAAAAGUCUUGUUAUACUGGACAGUGAUAGCGAUAGCGAUUCAGACAGCACACAAAUAUAUGAGCCUACAGAUAUACAAACUACUGUUAAUAACAUUGAAACAUUAGAUAAAACUAAUGUCAGUCCUUUAGGCGGCAAACGAAAAAGAGACUUAGAAGAUAGCAGCGUGAUCACAGCUUCACCAUAUUUCAAUAAGAAACCAAAAUUAGACAGUGAUGCUGAAAAGCAAAUGUCUAUACAAGAAAAAGUGUUAGCGGUCAUGCGAAAGAACAAAAAUGUCGUUACGAACGAUAAAACCGUUCUAAGCUGCAUGGUAACACAGCCGAAUUUCUCAUCACAAAAGGAAAAUGAGAAUCCUCAGUUCUUAAAUGGCAAUGGCGUAAUUAAAUUGAGCUUGUUACAAAGGUUUAGAAGAGAUAGCAAAUAUGACACUACUAAGAAUAAAGUGAAUGGAAUAUACAGAAGUCCGAUCAAGCCUCAAGUAAAGCCAGCUGACAAUAAACGAAAACUAGCGUUUGAUGAUAGUGACGAUGAUUUCGUUGAUGAUCAGAAGAGCGAUGUAAGAAGUCAUACAGAACACAAACAUAAUGAUAAUACGUAUAGAUCUACAACUAAUCAUAAAGUUCGGAAAAAAAAGAAGAAAGGCAACGAGUUCUUGGACAUGGAAGCGCAGCUAUCUGACGAUGAUGAUCACAGCGGUGACGAGCUCUCGGACGAGAGUGUCGGCAGUAUCAUCGACUUUAUAUGCGAUGACGACAAUGUGACGCAUCAUGAGGACAUACAAGCUGUGUACCUUAAGUCUAUCAAGAGUCCCGUAAGAGCCGGUGCUUUUAAAAUACCUGAAUUGCCAAAGAGGUUCAAUAAAGAGGAUGUUUUAUCGCAGUAUGUUGAAGAGGACUCAUAUGAGAUGGAUAGCUUCUGUGUGGACUCCAACAUUGGCUUAACACAAGGUCACGAAGUCUCGGAGCUGGAAUUAGCUGAAAUGUUAUUAGAAGAGCAAAAAAAAACUAAGAAGAAAUAUAGACGAAUAUGUUCACAGGACGACAGCCCCGAUGUUACGGUAAAAAAGAAAAACAAACCUAAAAGGAGACUGAUUGAAAGUGAUUCUGAUGACGAUGGUGCUUAGUGAAUUUUAACUUACUAUUUAUCGUGCAUUAUGUAUGACAAAGAUGUUUUAUCAAGUGUUGUUAGAUAGAAAACCAAUAAGGUGCAGUAAAACCGCUGUUUUUGUUAUUAUAGGCAAACUGCUACUGCAUUGUAGCCUAACAUAUAAAGUACAAUUGGGUCUCAGCAUAAUUGUUUAAAUAUCAUUAGUUAUUAUUUAACUGCGGGCGAGUCCAUGAUAAAUAGGUACAAUUUUGAACAUGACCUAAACUAAGUAAAGAUGAGUUUUAUAGACAAGUAUCCAGCCGGUCUGGGUAGUACCGAAACUGUGAUAUAAAUAUGUAUAAUUAAUGAUACUUUGUAUUUAUGAUUUUGAUUCUGAUUCCUAAGUUCAUCUUAUAAUUUAUUACGGUUAAUGCUUAUGUAAUUUGUUAUAACUUGUGUAAAUCAUGUUGUAUAUAAAAUUUGAAAUAAAAAAAAACAUUAUCUCUUAAA